AAUUGCAGCCUUCUGGGUAAAGUUCGGGGUGCACAUAGCAUUUUCGAUGAAGACGGAGAAGAAGAAGAGGGGAAAAAUAAUAAAAAACCCUAACCCCUCUCCGCUCUUCUCUCUCCCCGGCUAAAGGCGUCAGAAGGCCAGGUCCCUUGGAUCAUCAUUCAAUUAAUCUCUGCCUCUUCCUGCCCUCCUCCUUUAAUUAACCAACAAUUCGUUCUUCUCUUCCAUAUUUUUCAGGGCCUUCCAAGAAAGGAAUCAAUUUUUUUUUUCUUUCUUUGCAGUCUUAUUUUCUCUCGGUUCUGUAUGCUUGUUCAAUGGUUGAUUAAAUGGAAAGUGGCAGGAGGAGGAAGCGGUAGAAGUUCUUUUAUCUCUUAGAGAUGCAUUCUGGUGGUUGCAAAUACUCGCGUUUAUGUUGGAUUCUGAUUCAUAUUUUUCCUAAUUGGGGCAAUUGAAGACGAGAAGGUCUGGGCGCUGAUGGCUGAAGUCGUUGGGCCUCGAUUUUACAGCUGUUUCAAUUGCCGAAACAAUGUUGCUCUUCAUGAUGAUAUCAUUUCGAAAGCUUUUCAGGGGACGAAUGGGCGCGCAUUUCUGUUUUCUCAUACAAUGAACAUAGUUGUGGGGCCAAAGGAAGAUAGGCAGCUAAUGACAGGACUGCAUACGGUUGCUGAUAUCUACUGCUGUGAUUGUCGUGAAGUGUUGGGCUGGAAAUAUGAAAGAGCUUAUGAGGAGACGCAGAAGUACAAAGAAGGGAAGUUUAUACUUGAGAAGUCAAAAAUUGUGAAGGAGAACUGGUAGCUCCCACCUGUGGAUGCUGUGUUGGUAAAGCUUCUGAAUGGAAGUGCCUUGGUCUUGUGACACAAACCUUUUGAGUGUUUUCAUGUUUCCAAAUGUUCAUCUUUUACACCACUCCCUGUUGGUUGUCAGUUCUUGCUGCCAGGCCAUAUGUAGAGGUCGUGUACUGGAAACUGUUAUUCUUCUUUGUGAAUAAAUCACAAGUUCGUGUAUGUAGAUCAUGUUUCUCUUUUUUCUUUACU